CUCUCUCUCUCUUUUUCUUUCUUUACUUCCCUUACUUUUCUUUUCUUUCUUUCCUUCCCCUUAUUUUGUUUGUAUUCUGUCGUCUGUGUAUUAUUUUCUUUUUUUCUUUUUCUUUUUCUAAUAAGAAAGUUUAUUUAUUUUUCUUUUCUUCGAAAUUCGUUUUGGCACUUCAAUCACACAUUACCUUGUCCGGAUCUCUAUCCGAACUGGACAGCAGACGAAAGCGCAGAAAAACACAAAGCUCAAGUAUUGUUAUGACACAGACGCCAACAAGCAGCCUGAUAUCAAAACACUAUAAAUUGUCAACUAAUAAUAAAGUAUCGUCAGCAUCACUACCACCACUAUCAUCCAAUAACACAACUAGCAAUAACAGCAACAGCAGCAGCAGUAGCAGCAGUAGCAGUAGCAGCAGUAGCAGUAGUAAUAGCAGUAGUAGUCAUAGUAACAGUAGUCAUAGUAACAGUAGUCAUAGUAACAGUAGUCAUAGUAACAGUAGUCAUAGUAACAGUAGUCAUAGUAAUAAUAGUAAAAACAGAAGCAACAGCAACAAUAAUAAUAACAACCAUUAUAACACAGUGAUAAAUCAGGACAACAGUAACAAUAAAACAAUACCCUGUAAGCGACGGUUUGAUAUAAUGGACGUUGAACAUGAUCCAAGCAAUUAUAUGUUCAAACUGCAGUUAGAUAACAAAGGAAGCACAGCUGCAUUAUGUUAUUUACCUACAAGAUGUCCAAAUAUAAUUGAAUUCUAUCACAUUGAAAUACCUUUUACGUACAGGCAUCAAGGAUUAGGUGACUUGAUACUACAAAAAGCAUUUCAAUGGGCAGAAAAAGCCAAGAAAUUCGUUAUACCAACCUGCCCAUUCGUCCGUAAAUAUCUAGAAAACCGACUGGAAAAGUGUAUUGUAAAUCAAGAACAAAAAACAUUAUCAACAUCAUCAUCAUCUAUUGUAGAAAAAGAACUUUAA